CUCCCCUAUCCCAUUUCCCAUCCCCAAAGGAGAGACCGGAUACCUACUGUCGUCUAGGUUUCUGCCUGUGUCGACCAUCCGUCACCCGUUCAGUCGGACCCGAAUUGUUGUGAUAGACCAGAGCCUUCCCCGGAAGGCCCCGCAUAAAACCAGGCGUCAUGGCGGACGUCCGGUCCAAGAACCUCUACGAGCUUCUUGGCAAUGAUCCUGAAUUGGACCCCAACAGAGAGCCUGAGCCUCCCACGAGGGCUGUAGACAGACCUGCUCCCCGUGUUGGCAAGCGCGAUGCUCCCAAGGAAGCUCCCAGCACCCAGCCCCGUGCCGAGAACAACAACGCUCGCCGCGGUAACCGUGCCACUGGCAACGAGGCCGCUUUCCGCGACCGCAACGCCGGCCGCACCAACAACCGCGAGAAGGCCACCGAGGACCCCAAGGAGGGCCAGCGCCACGGAUUCCGCGCUCGUGGUGAGCGUGGUGAGCGUGUCCGCCACGACCGCCAGUCCCGCACCGGCCAGACCGACACCCGCAAGCAGGUGAACCAGGGCUGGGGUAACCAGAGCGGUGACAAGACCUGGGACGAUGAGAAGGCCGGAGAGGACAUCGCCCACAAGGACGAGAACGAGCCCCAGACUCCCGCCGCCGAGGAGGAGCCCGCCGACAAGUCCAAGUCCUUCGCCGACUACCUUGCUGAGAAGGCCGCCCAGGAGGACCUGAGCGCCAAGCCCGUCCGUGCCGCCAACGAGGGCUCCAAGCUCGACAAGAAGUGGGCCGCCGCCAAGGAGCUCAAGCCCCGCGAGGAGGAGGAGGCCUACAUCAAGGGCAAGGAGGAGAAGUCCAAGCGCGAGAAGCAGCGCAAGGAGAAGAACGUCCUCGAGGUUGACAUGCGCUUCGUCGAGGCCCCCCGCGGUGCUGCCAACGGCCCCCGUGGCCGUGGUGCCCGCGGUGGUGCUCGCGGCGGCCGCGGCGGCCGUGGUGGUAACAACACCAACGCUCCCCGCCCCAGCGGCGCUGCUACCAGCGGCGCUUCCGUCACCGUCGACGAGAAGAACUUCCCCAGCCUUGGUGGCAAAUAAAUGUGUUCAUGCCUAACCCCAAACACCGUCAUGUCCCCAUGUCGAAAGAAAUCUUGCGUGUGUGUGCGCGUGUGUCUUAUUUUAACUAAAUAACUCACCCCCCAUCUGCCCGAUUCCAAAAAAACGAAAAUUUUUUUCUAUUAACUCGCUCACAAUUGACACGAUGUGUUCCGUUAAUUUAUCUUAAUUUUUUUCUCCCCCUCGUCCUUUCCAGCCCUAGCGCGCAGGAAAACCUCUUCCCCAUCCUUUGAACCACUCUUCAAGUUCCCUAAGGUAGUCGGACCGUCUUGUCUUUUCCGUGCGCAGUUAGUUUCCCUUUUGCCCGGGGCUUGAUCGCGUGUCUUGAGAGCAAAGCAAAUCUGAUCGCCACCUAUUAUGCAAGUCCCAGGACAGCUGCAUAUGACUCCUCAAAAUAUCUCCCCAAAAA